CUUUCAUUCCCCUCACUCUCUCACUCCAACAAAUUAAAAAAAAAUUACCUCUUCAUCUCUCUACUACCGAUGGCUCUCGACGCUCUCAACUCGUCCCCCGCCCUCUCCCGCCGCUUCGACGACGUCGAGCCUAUGCAGUGGCCCAAAUCCAAACGCUCCAAGCGCCGCGAUCAGUCCGAAGACGAGUACCUCGCCGUCUGCCUCGUCAUGCUCGCCCGCUCCGGCGACGAAUCGCCCAAAUCCGCCAAUUACAAGUGUAGCGUGUGCGACAAGGCUUUCCCUUCGUACCAAGCGCUGGGGGGCCACAAGGCCAGCCACCGCGGCAAGGAAGCGUCGGACGAAAGCAACCACUCCUCCACCGCCGCCGCCGCGGCGUUAAACCCUAGCGGGCGGAUCCACGAGUGCUCAAUUUGCCACAAGCGGUUCGGGACGGGGCAGGCGCUGGGCGGGCACAAGCGGAGGCACUACGAAGGCGUGAUCGGAGGCAGUGCCGCCAAGAGCCGCUCGACCUCCUCCGCCGCCGCCGCCGUGGCUCGGGAUUUCGACUUGAACAUGCCGCCGUCGCCAGAGCUACACUGUGAUGAAGAAGUGGAGAGCGCGCUGCCGCCUUUAUACAAAUAAAUAUAUCUGUUCGAAUGCAUAAUUAUAACUUACUACUUUUUACUAGUAGAUAGAAUUAUUUGUACACAGGAUUGGAAUUCUUUGAUUCAUUAAUCAAAUUAGUCUUUUAUUGUGUUGUUAUUA